AGUAAGAAUUUUAGGGUUUUUGGGAGAUACUAAUGUUGAGGCAAGUCUCGACUUUGGGAGCGAGGCCGCUGCGUCGAGCGAGCGAAUGGAGAGGAAUUGGUCCAAAUUCUCCCAGGAAGAAAUUCUUUGCCCUCUCUUCUUCUUCUGGCAACCCCCAUACUACCAGUGAUCAGUGGGAGCUUAAAAUGUUGUAUGAUGGGGAGUGUCCUCUUUGUCUCCGAGAGGUGGACAUGCUGCGCAAGAGAAACACACAAUACCAAUCCAUCAAAUUUGUGGAUAUCAGUGCUAACGAGUACUCCCCACAUCAAAAUGCUGGAAUCGACUACGAAGCUGCAAUGGGGAGAGUUCAUGUGAUUUCCAAUGACGGCAAGGUGUUCACUAAUGUCGAGGCUUUUAAGAAAUUAUAUGAGGCUGUGGGACUUGGAUGGGUUUACGCAAUCACGAACUACGAACCUUUCUCAACCAUUGCAAAUGCAUUGUACAAUGUGUGGGCCAAGUACAGGCUUCCAAUUACAGGCAGACCACCUCUAGACGAGGUUCUCAAGAACAAAAACAGCUCACUGAAUUGCGACAAGAAGAAUUGUAAGAAGUGAUUAGUUUAGAUCUGUUCUUUAAUGUAUGAUCUGAAAUGCCCUAUUAGCUAAAACAUAACCAAGAAGUCAUAACUGGGAAACAUUUUAUUCCUUUAUCUAAAA